UCCCGAGCAUCCGAAAGAAAACGCUAGAAGAGAGAGAGCCGUGUUUGGGAGCACGAUAUUCUUCACCAGAAAAACGUAGUUCUUAAACUCGGAGGAGAAAAUCGGCGAUUCCUCCGUUCAGUUUCUCGGCCUCAUCGUCUUCAUCAUUGGGCAUUUGGGUUUCUAAACUCAUUGGCUAAAACAGCAGUUCAAUCCUCAACGGAGGGUUGGGCUUUUUUUCAAAGGUAUACAUAUACUUCUCUCUGCAUCUACUGGUCUCAUUUCUAAAUUAGAUGGCAAGCCAUGUUACUCGGUCGAGGGUGCAGCCACAGCUUCAGGAGCAUCAAUCAAGGGCUAGGUGGACAACACAUCUUACUAAGAUUCUUGCAAGCUUAAUGGUUGAUCAGGUACACCAAGGGAAUAGAAAAAACAAUUACUUUGGCAAGAAAGCAUGGAAGUAUAUCUGCGAUGAAUUCUAUAAGAGAACGGGUCUGAAAUGGGACAAGGAACAACUGAAGAACCGAUGUGCAGUUAUGAAGAGGAUGUAUAUUAUAAUCAAGUCACUUCUUGAUCGUAGUGAUUUCAGUUGGGAUGAAGCCACAGGGACCAUCACAGCCAGUGAUGAAGUAUGGGCUGAAUACACGAAGGAACAUGCUGAUGCAGAGACUCUAAGAAGCAGUGGCUGCCCAAUUUACAAAGAGCUAUGCAUAAUAUUUUCAGAACCAGCAACCAAUGGGAAUCAUGAUCAUCCAGCUGAACACGAGGAAGGGACUACAAAUUUUCAUCAAUUGGAGCCAUUGUCCAUCCCGCAAGAAGUACUGUCCUCAUCGGAAUCUGAGGAAGCAGAUGAUGCUGUUGAUGAUAAAGAAACAGUUCAACCUAUUACUCCCAGCACUGCUGGCAUCCGCAAAAGAGGGCGCAAGGGCAUUGAUGAUGCCAUUGCAGGAGCUAUUUUAGAGAUGGCAGCUGCAUCAAAGCUGAGAACGGCUGCUAUACAGCAACGAGAUGCCAGAUAUACCAUAGCUAAUUGUAUUAAAGCACUGGAUGAGAUGAAAGGCGUUGAUGAGCAACUCUAUUUUGCUGCUCUUGAUCUGUUCAACAAGCCCACUGCAAGGGAGAUGUUCUUGUCUCUCAAACACGACAAGCGCUUGAUCUGGUUGCAGGGCAAGUGCAGAGCAGCUGGUCCUGUUCCCUAGAUUAUUGAUCGACAAAGUCAUAGUACUCGAUUUAGUGUUUUUCAUCUAAACCUAUGUCAUGUGAAUAUUAUUACUCAUAUAUAUCAGAAGUAUCCUGGUUUUACUUUUA